AUGUAAUAAUUUGGAACUAUUUCAUCAAUAAGUCUUUAUUACAGUAUAUAAGAUUUCCAUAAAAAGAAGAUGGGUUAAAGUAUAACCUAAUAAACUCCAAAUUCAUAGAUAUCUCCUUAAUUUAAAGUAAUUCUUCAGAAUCAAUUAUUUUGAAAAAUCAAAUUGAGUUUUAUUAAAUGUAUCUGAAGUAGAGAAAGGAUAAGAUGAUGUAUCAAUUAAUAAAGAUACAUUUUUGAGUUAUUGUUAAGUAAUUUGGGAUUUAAUAAGAAAAAAGGACGAAAUUGUAGAGAGAGUUGUUUGGGCAUUUUAUAAAGGAGAAUAUUUUACCUUUAGUGGAUUUAAGCACUUUUAUAAAUUAAUAGUUUUUUAAGAGAGAACUUUUGAAGAUUACAUCAAAUUUACUUAUGAUUUCUUUUAAUCUUCAGAUCAUAGUGAGAUUCCAUUUACAGAGAUUUAAGGAUUACUUAGAUUAUUGGUAUCAAGGAUAGAUGAUAAAAAUCAUGUUUUGAGUGAUCAAAUACUUAUGAAAUACUUAUGGAUAUUGUGAAUUAAAUUCAUAGGUAUUUAUAUAUGCUACUAAUUAUUAUAGACCUUAAGUAAUUUCAAAAGAAACAUUAUAGUAAUUGAUUUUUGAAGAUAAAAUCCUCCUACUGUCGUUUUUUAGAUGGUGUAUGAAUAAUCUUGAUAAAAUUGUGAAUUAUUAAUAUUUUUUAUUAACGACUACUUUGAUAAUGUAUGAAUAAUCAUAAAGAUAAGAACUAAUUGAGUUCAGGAAUUAUGUUAGAUAGGUCACAACUGCUAAAAUAAACAACACUUAAGAAAAGUCUCCAAAUAUAAAGAAUUCAACUAAAUAAUUGUCGUUUAUUUUGAAGAGUACACAACUAAAAUAGAAUGUAUAAGAACCUAUUAAGAUCAAUUAAAACAUGAAAACCAGUUAUGAACAAUCUUAUAUCUAAAGAUCUUAAUCUUAACCAUUCGUUUAAUUUGAUGCUAAUUGUUGGAAAGAAAACUAGAAUUCUUUUAGUAAAAAUAAAAAUCAAGGUUAUAUAAGUGUUUCUGAUUUGAUUAAAAUUAGCAAUGGUUUAAAUCAAAUGUCUAAAAAAGAAAUUCGUGAGAUGACUUCAACGUAUUAAUAUUUAUUUAUUUAGUUAUUUACAUUCACUACAUGAAUUAGAUUUGACUCUUAGCACUUUACUCAAAAGAAUAGACUGA